CCACCACACACCCUCUCCCGUCUGCAGUGUAACGUUCCUGCUUUGACAUGAUCCUUCUUUGGACCGAUGCCAAAAUAAGUCAAAAGACGGUCACGUGGGUUGAAACAAGAGCUGUCUAUUCAAUGGCAUUAUGUAGGGUCAAAGAAAACACAGCUGUAAAUACAACAAAUGCUCAGCCUCUCGCAUAUCCCCUCAGAGUUCAAUGUUGUGGAAUAACCUGCCCAACCUGUGGACCACGUGGGACAGCAAUUGAAUAUGUUUCGAACUGGACUUAUUAGUCUUCGGUCUCUACUCAACGUUGAGGUUUACAGCACUGCGAGACGACAACAACCACCCCCGCCAUUUUGUGUCGCCGUGACUUCCGGGGUUUACAGAGAAUGCUCAGGUCAAACUUCAAAAUCAGAGGAUGCCAAAACGUCAUCUCAUCAUCAUGCCCACCCAGCUGUAAAGACGUGGUUCGACGAUAAAGACCGCUCUAUCUCUGCAACGUACAGGCCCCAGCCAUGGGAUUUCGAUCACACAGGUGCUGUCCCGAUUUGGAAAUUUCUUCAGCAAACCAGUUUUCAAUGGAUGGAUAUGUAUCCUCACUGGUUUACACCUCCGGAAAACGGACCACCGUUUACAGACCUGUUCAUUACACGGUGCAUGUUUAUUGAAUUUUCCCGCUCAUUUCACAACCAAAUAUUUCCCGGCUGCUCCUUACCUUACACAUUGAGAAUCUGUAAGGUUGGGAAGACGUCCAUCGUCCUUAAGCAGCAGAUCCUUGAUACCAACUGUAAAGACGUGAUAGCAGAAGAUCGCAAGCACUGUAUAAGCGUGUCGUCCAAGACGCGUCGCCCCUUGCCUUGGGCGGCCUGGCUGCCUCAGCGAUAUCCCGACUUGUGUUCGGCUCCUCCUGUAUCCACGGUGGAACCGUUCGAGUCCAUACCAGCUGAGCCAUCGUUUGUUCACACCGUGCAGGUCGCUCCAAGCGACACGGAUAACUACAGACACGUCGGCUGGUUUCAGUACGUGCGAUACUGCUGCGAUUGUGCCUCCUUCGGAGCUGAACAGGGUGCGUACGCGGCCAUCACGGGUGACACGGUGCAGUGCAGGGUAAAACGCGCGGAGGCGCUGUACCAAGGAGAGGCGCGAGCGGGCGACGUGCUGACUGUGGCAUCUUGGGAGGACCCUCAACAGCCUGACUUGAUCAAAUUCCAAAUAAAGAAAGGGGAAGACAAUAUCACCCAGUGUUCACUUCAGUUUUUCACCACACUGCAAACUAGUGCAAAGCCACAAAGACUGGAACUAAACUGAACCCUUGACUUCGUCGUUGGAAUUGAUCAUGCACGACGUAAAAGUAUGACUGAAAAGACAACAAAACGUAAAAUAUCGUUUUAUCUAUUAAAAUAGUUGACAAUCUGCCAGAUCGCUCGGUGGCAGCCAGGUCUUGGCCGCUGUAUUGGAAUUGCGGUGUUGCAUGUACAUUGUACAUGAAUUCACCCCACCCAACAACCAUUUUACGUUCAAUGACUUUUUUCAAUAAAUCAGACGAUACUUGGUAAAUCUACGUCACCCAGUGUGAUCUAUAGUGAUAUAUACUGUCCAAACAGCUGUCUUUGAACUUAAGAUCCUUUAAGACAUAGCUUGUAGCUUAUAAAGUAUCUUACAAGAUACCCUAAAAGCUUCAAUGACAAUGCUCAGUAGACACCUAUGAAUAGAUGGAUGGAUCUUUUAUCCGCUGAUCUUAUCUUUUGUUGGUGUCGAACAUAUAUUAUUGAUGGUUGACAUGCUACAUUAACCACAUCACGAAGACGUCGACGAAGGAAAUACAUCUAAGGAAUACGAUGAAAAGACAAUGUUGCUCAAGCAACUGAAUAGAUUCUAUAAACGAUCAGGAGUUGCAGAUCAUCUGUGCAUGCAUGUCUCUCACGAGAGGUAUUAGAUGUUACCUGAAAAGUCUGACCCUUUACAAAGUCUAUCCAGCCGCUUGAAUGACCUAUGUCUUAGACAUGAUGAAUAAUUUACGAUCGAGGACAAUGAUGAAAGUAACGCCCUCCGUAAGGUGUUUGUACUCGGCACGUAGCAGCCACCAUGCUGGUUGACUGAACCUGAAAAGUAACGACGCUACUUGUACGUUUAAAUGUGUGAUCAGAGUGACAGUUAUCAUAUCAUAAGUUAAGAAUUCAAAUUAACGUUAACUAUCCAACAUGGUGGGUGGUAAUAAAGAAACACUCUAAAUUAUACUAUUACCAGUGCUGAAGAUAAAUCAUGAGCUAUUCACAGCAAGAAUAUCAAGGAGAAAAAAGACAAAACUCUGUGCACCGUUUGUUUGGUAUCUGUUGUUUUCUGU